AUGCCGUUUUCUCAACCAGCUUUUCUCAAGGGAUUUGCUGCUAUUAAUAAUUGCAGGAAUUCUGUACUGCGGUUCCCCUUCCAUCUCUUGUGGAAGACUCUGCAAAUUCAAUGCAUUACCCCAAAAGUACUAAAAAUUGGUUCUAUGGAGUCAAGAACAGGAAUUCUUUCCAUAGCAAUCUCUUCUCUUUUUAUGUUUUCUUUUGUUUCCUUUGUAAAGGGUAGCCUCUCUUUCAACUUCUAUGCAGAUUCAUGCCCAUCAGCUGAGUUAAUCGUAAGAGGCACUGUUAGCUCAUCCACUUCUACUGAUCCUUCUAUUCCUGGAAAGCUCCUUCGCUUGGUUUUCCAUGAUUGCUUUGUGGAGGGAUGUGAUGCCUCUUUGAUGCUACAAGGUAACAAUACAGAACAAAGUGAUCCAGGAAAUAGGUCUGUUGGAGGAUUUUCAGUAAUAGAUUCAGCAAAAAGGGUACUUGAGAAGUUCUGCCCUGGAACUGUCUCUUGUGCGGACAUAAUAGCUAUAGCUGCUAGAGAUGCUGUUGAAAUAGCUGGUGGACCUAGGAUUAUGAUUCCUACAGGUAGGAGAGAUGGCAUGGUUUCAGUUGCUUCUAAUGUCAGACCCAACAUUGUGGACACCAGUUUUUCAAUGGAUGAGAUGGUUCAACUCUUUGCCACCAAAGGAUUAUCCUUACUUGAUCUUGUAGUCCUUUCAGGAGCUCAUACCAUAGGCACAGCACAUUGCAGCUCAUUCAGGGAUCGUUUUCAAGAAGAUUCAACAGGAAAGCUUAGGCUCAUUGACAAAACCCUUGACAGUGACUAUGCUAAUGUGCUAAUGGAACAGUGUCCAGCGGGUAUCCAACCAUCUGUAACAGUGAACAAUGAUCCUCAGACAUCUGUGGUCUUUGACAAUAUGUACUACCAAAAUCUUCUGGCUCACAAGGGUCUGUUCCAAUCAGAUUCUGUUUUGAUAAGCAAUGAUAGCACAAGGAUAUUAGUGGAGGGCUUUGCAAAUGAUCAAGAGCAUUUUUUUGAGAAUUGGGGUCAGUCGUUCUUGAAGCUGACUAGUGUUGGAGCAAAAACUGGUGAUGAGGGUGAAAUUAGAAUAUCUUGUGCAUCAACUAAUGCAUAA